AAGUUCCAGUGUUCAGUCCCUGAUUUAUUCCAUACAAAAUCAAAAUCGGAAAUAGCGUAAGAUCUUCAAAAAGUCGAAAAGAAAGUAAAUACUCUUGAUUAUGGCAGAAAAAGAAGGCCGAACCAAUGAACAUAAUAAGAGCAGUGCACUUUUAGCCAAACGCAAACGGUCCUAUACACCAAAACUGGAUUUGUUACCAUUGAAAAGUUAUGGCGAUUUGAGCCAGUAUGAAGUAGAUCGAGUGAAAUCUGCCUUAGAAGUUACUUCUAGAAUGGGGGAACCCACCAAAAGAAGGAGGCAUGUCCAUGAGGGGCUGCAAACUAAGAAGGGUUUCAUGGCAAUUAAAAAGGAACAUUUAAAAGCUAAGCCAAAAGAGGAAAAAUCUGCUAGGACCAUUAGAUCCACCAAAAAAAAUGUACAAAUUCUAGAGGCGUUAAAAACUAAGAAAUAUACUUCCGAAAUAAGAAAACACGUUAAAAUACAAAAAAUGCAAGAUAUAAAAACUGCUGAAAAUGUAAGGAAUCCAAAGAAAAAGAAUUCACUUCCUUGUAAAACAGAACAAAAUGAUCUUCCUGAAGAAGAAUGUGAUGUGAAAACUCAGGAAGCUGGAACCUCUCAAGACAAAACCUCUGUCGAUAAAAAAAAGAUUCGUCGUCUGAAAACUGCCUUAAAAUUACUCGACUUUGUCGAGGGUAAAUACGAUAGUAGUGAUAGCGAUUGGUCGAUGGGUUCAGUUUCACUUUCAUCUGAAUGUUUGGAUGCUGCCAGCGAGGGUGGAAAGAGAAGUACUCAACGGUUGCAGGCCCAGCACGAUUUGUCGCCCAGGGAUUAUUUUGGUUUCUGCAGGGAUUGCCGAUCACGGUGCAGAAAUUGUGGAAGACGUCGUUCGGCGGUAGCCAUGGAAAAAAAUAGGAAAGAUAGAAAUUGAAAAGUAAAUUCAAAAUAUUAAAUAAAUAAUAAAUAUGUACUUAAAAUUUAGGAAUGAAUAAGAAUUUAUGUAUUAGCAUAGGA